AUGAAAUCAGUGUUUUUCAGCCGCUUCUUCAUCCUGCUGCCCUGGGUCCUUAUUGUCAUCAUCAUGAUCGAUAUCGACAGUAAAAGGACGAUCCGGGCUCCGGCAGCCGCUCGGACCGGCAGGGCGCAGCGGGCGGCCCGGACCGGCGCGCCGGGGCUAGGUGGCGCCCAGAACCAGUCCGCCCUGCCGGUUAUCUACGCCAUCACUCCGACUUACACCCGUCCAGUGCAGAAAGCGGAGCUGACCCGCUUGGCCCACGCCUUCCGCCAGGUGCCCCGGUUCCACUGGAUCGUAGUGGAGGACUCGACGGCGCGCACGGAGCUGGUGGCGCGCUUCCUGGCCCAGUGCGGGGUGCCGUACACACACCUGCAUGUGUUCACUCCUCGCAGGUUUAAGCGCGCCGGGAUGCCGCGCGCCACCGAGCAGAGGAACGUGGCUCUCGCGUGGCUCCGGCAGCACCGGAGCAGGCGGGACGCCGGCGUGGUUUUCUUCGCCGACGAUGACAACACCUACAGCCUGGAGCUGUUCGAAGAGAUGCGCAGUACUCGAGGAGUGUCUGUCUGGCCCGUGGGAUUUGUAGGCGGCAGGGCGUAUGAGCGCCCCCUGGUGUCCGGAGGUAAAGUUGUGGGCUGGUACACCGGCUGGAGACCGGACCGACCCUUCGCCACCGACAUGGCAGGUUUUGCAGUGAACCUCCAGGUGAUCCUGGCGAACCCGCGGGCGCAGUUCAAGCGCCGCGGCUCUCAGCCGGGGAUGCAGGAGUCUGACUUCCUCAAGCAGAUCACCAAGGUCACCGAGCUGGAGCCCAAGGCCAACAAUUGCACCCGGGUGCUGGUUUGGCACACUCGCACAGAGAAACCGCACCUUGCAAACGAGCCCAAACAUCGGAAGGACACUGUGGUCAUUGAGGUGUGAGAGGGAGAGCUGAGCGGCGGAUCCACCAGAAGCCGAAUGUGACCCGCCAUCUUCUCUUGGCUGGGACUAACGGCGGCCCCAUGCCGUCUCUCCUUAUCUGGCUAAUACAAUCUGUUCACGAUGGCCACAGACUCUGAGGAGCUGCAUGAUCCAGGACCUCUGGCUGUCUGUCAAACGUGCUCCGUGAGAACCGGGCAGCACUGAACAUGUCCAUUCUACACACUGGGAUGACUUGGACUUUUCAUUUGCUCCAUCCACGGCUCGCUCAUGUAAAAAAGUCAAGUAUAAAUGUAAAAAAAAUAUGUUGCUGAAU